AGCAGCACCAGACACAGCAUCGUAUUGUCCUGCCCGGUCCUGGGUGCUCCCAGUCCGUCCCGCUGUCCUUGCAGGCUGAGCUGUGAGGGUUUGUGUGGCCCUGGAGAGCUCCAGCCCAGCAAGAUCCUGUCAAGAAGGGGAACCUUUACAUCAUGCCUCGAAGACAAGGUGUGUGCGGCUGCUGCGGCGCCCUGCGUCCCCGCUACAAAAGACUUGUCGACAACAUCUUCCCUGAGGACCCCGAGGAUGGGCUGGUGAAGACCAACAUGGAGAAGCUGACAUUUUACGCCCUGUCUGCCCCAGAGAAGCUGGAUCGCAUUGGUGCCUACCUCUCCGAGCGGCUCAUCCGAGACGUGAGCCGGCACCGAUAUGGGUACGUGUGUAUUGCCAUGGAGGCCCUGGACCAGCUCCUCAUGGCCUGCCACUGCCAGAGCAUCAACCUCUUUGUGGAGAGCUUCCUGAAGAUGGUGGCGAAGCUGCUGGAGUCGGAGAAGCCCAACCUGCAGAUCCUGGGGACGAAUUCGUUUGUGAAGUUUGCCAACAUCGAGGAGGACACCCCAUCUUAUCACCGCAGCUAUGACUUCUUUGUUUCCCGCUUCAGUGAGAUGUGCCACUCCAGCCACGACGACCUGGACAUCCGGACAAAGAUCCGGAUGUCUGGCAUUAAAGGCUUGCAAGGGGUGGUGAGGAAGACGGUGAAUGAUGAGCUCCAAGCCAACAUCUGGGACCCACAGCACAUGGACAAAAUUGUGCCCUCACUGCUUUUCAACUUACAGCAUGUGGAGGAGGCUGAAAGCCGCUCCCCCUCCCCGCUGCAAGCCACCGAGAAGGAGAAGGAGAGUCCUACAGAGCUGGCAGAGAGGUGUCUGCGGGAGCUGCUGGGCCGAGCGGCGUACGGCAACAUCAAGAACGCCAUCAAACCCGUCCUGAUCCACCUGGAUAACCACUCGCUCUGGGAGCCGAAGAUCUUUGCCACUUGCUGCUUCAGGAUCAUCAUGUACUCGAUCCAGCCGCAGCACUCCCAUCUUGUGAUCCAGCAGCUCCUGGGGCACCUGGAUGCCAACAGCAAAAGCGCGGCCACCGUGCGUGCGGGCAUUGUGGAGGUCCUCUCGGAGGCAGCAGUGAUCGCAGCCUCUGGAUCUGUUGGCCCCACAGUGCUGGAGGUGUUUAACACCCUGCUGAGGCAGCUGCGGCUCAGCAUCGACUACGCCCUGACGGGGAGCUACGACUGCGCCGCCGGUGUCAGCACCAAGAUCAUCAAGGAGCACGAGGAGAGGAUGUUCCAGGAGGCCGUCAUUAAAACCAUAGGGUCCUUUGCCAGCACACUGCCCACCUACCAGCAGUCUGAGGUGAUGGUCUUUAUCAUGAACAAGGUGCCGCUACCCUCCUCGCAGCAGUCCAUCGAGGCUGGCAAAGCUGGGGAGAACCGGAAUCGGCUGACACAGAUAAUGCUUCUGAAGUCCCUCCUCCAGGUCUCUGUGGGCUUCCAGUGCAGUAACAUGCUCACGGCUCUUCCCAGCGCCUUCCUGGACAGGCUGCUCUCUGCAGCCCUCAUGGAGGAUGCCGAGAUCCGCCUCUUUGUCCUGGAGAUUCUCAUCAGCUUCAUCGAUCGCCAUGGGAACCGGCAGAAGUUCUCCACCAUCAGCACCAUCAGUGACAUCUCGGUCCUGAAGCUGAAAGUGGACAAAUGCUCGCGUCAAGAUACUGUCUUCAUGAAGAAGCAUGGCCAGCAGCUCUACCGGCACAUCUACCUGAUAUGCAAGGAGGAGAGCAACGUGCAAGCUCACUAUGAGGCUCUCUACAGCAUGCUGAUGCUCAUCAGCAUCGAGCUGGCUAACGAGGAGGUGGUGGUGGACCUCAUCCGCCUGGUGCUGGCGGUGCAGGAAAUUGCCCAGAUCAAUGAGGAUAACUUGACAGCCUACAACCGCUGCGCACUCUUCGCCCUCAGUGCAGCUUACCUGAACCUCAUCAGCCAGCUCACCACCGUGCCCACCUUCUGCCAGCACAUCCAUGAGGUUAUCCAGAUGCGGCAGAAGGAAGCUCCCUAUCUGCUCCCUGAAGAUGUGUUUGUGGAGAGACCCAGAUUGAGCAAGAGCCUUGACCGCCUGGGCCCAGAGGUCUUCUUCUGGCAGAGCAAGAUCAGCGAGGUGCUGGGCGGCAGCGGUUACAACUCGGAUCGGCUCAGCACACCGUACAUCCCCCAGCUGACGGAUGAAGAUCGCUUGUCCAAGAGGAAGAGCAUUGGCGAGACCAUUUCCCUGCAGGUCGAGGUGGAGUCGAGAAACAGUCCUGAGCGAGAGCAGAGAGCGCCAGCAGAAGAGAUCACGUACGAGACACUGAAGAAGGCGAUAGACAGCGUCGCCGUGGAGGAGCAAGAGCGAGAGCGGAGGCGGCAAGUGGUGGAGAAAUUUCAGAAAGCCCCGUUUGAGGAGAUCGCCGCCCACUGCGGUGCCCGGGUGACGCUGGCUGCAGAGCAAUGGGAGCCGCCUGCGACCCCCAUCAAGGAGGCUCAUGUGCUGGGGAUGGGUGCCAGCCUGGGGCCACCACCAAGCCCCUCCGGCACCAUCACAGCCGCCUACGGCCAGCCCCAAAACCACUCCAUCCCAGUGUACGAGAUGAAGUUCCCAGACCUGUGCGUGUACUGAGAGCAGCCGUGCUGGUAGGGCAGAGCCACCGCUGCACAGCUCGCACCAAAGGACCUCUUGGGGAGAGACUGCUGACCCUGCGGGGAGCCGCAUCCUCGUGCAGGAGGGGUGGGGACACGGACGCCAAGGCCACCCCAAGAUUUGUUGGCACCACAAACCCGUCUCCCGUACUUUAUUUUGUGACUCUCUGCCUCCGCAGCCACGUUUUGCAGCGGUUGGUGGCGCAGGAGGCUGGGGGCACAGCGGCGUGGGGAGGUGGGUGGUUGCUCUGACCUCCCACUCCUGUUUCUUUUUUUGGGAAGGGGAGAGGAGAUGCUCUGGCUCUGGACGGAGCACGUUGGGUAUGUACAUCUUCCCCGCAUAAAGCAAACCCGUUCCCUGGGGAAUCCCUUCCCACAUC